AGACCAGGGACUGGCGCGCCAAAUUUCAAAGCACUUCCUCCCGGACGAAGGCGACAGUCCGCAUUGAAAGCCCCUCAGAAACCUCCGCGGAGCCACGAAGACAUGAAAAUAAUCCACCAAAGCAGCCCCAGCGGCGGUGUGAGCGGGAAGGUGUGAGCCGGAGGCCUGGAGGGAGCUCCAUCUGCGGAGGAACCAACAGGAAGCCGCAGUGAAGAUCAAUCCGCUGCUUCAGCCUCACUGAUUGUUGCCUCCAUGAUCAUCUUGCUUUAAAGAUUAAAAUUCAUCUAUUUCAAAGUGAACUCCCAGCUGCAGAGUUUUUCAGCAGGUUAUACGCGGCCGUUAUCCGUCCAGCUAGUUGGACACUGUGACGCACCUGCUGUCCGCGUUCACUCGGCUCUUUAUGUUUGAACUCGCAGCCUUUUAGUCUCCUCUCCACGGGGGAUUUGAUCUGUUUAAGCCGCUUCUCAUAAAGCAGAGCAGGAGCUCGUUUUCUCCGUCUUAUACAGUGCUCCAAAUCCUCAUUACUCAUUCAUUUAUGCGCAGCAUGACAGCAGCUCUGCAUACUAAUGGUAGCACCUGUUGCUGAGAGCUGCUCCACCUGCCUGUGACCUUCACACGGACGUUUUCAUCUGCGUUCGGCUGUAUGCCGGCUGUCGGCUCUCCCUGUUUGUUGGCUGCUCUCCACUAGCUCUGAGGCGUAUCUGGAAAUGGAGCGCGGCCUGCUGUAACUCAGGGCCGGUCACAGAUCAGGGGCGGCCUCAGUGUGUGGGAGGGUGGCAUUGGAUCAGAGGCUGCAGCCAUGCUGUCCGGGGCGCAGCCGUGCUUCCAGCUGCUUCGGAUCGGCCUGUCCACGGGCGACUCGGCGAGGGAUCUCUACACCUUCCGGCCGGCGCUGACCCAGUCCGUGUUCCGGCUGGGUCGGGCCGCGGAGCUGUGUGACGUCACGCUAGAGUCGGACUCGGUGUCUCGCAUCCACGCCGAGCUGCACGCAGAGAAGGAGGCGAGCGGAGGAGAGGGAGAGUCGCUGCAGCAGGAGGAGGGCUGGAGGGUCCACAUCAAAGACAGGAGCAGCCAUGGAACGUGGGUGAACGACGUGCGCCUCCAGCCGGGCGUCCUGUGGGAGCUCUCCGACGGCGACACGCUGACCUUUGGAGGGCAUUCGCCUCCGGGGAGCCCAGAGUUCUACUUCCUCUUCCAGAAGGUCAAAGUUCGCCCGCUGGACUUUGAUGCCAUCACAAUCCCAAAGGCGGGAAUGUUUUCCUCCGACUUGCAGAACCGGAUAAGGACCAACUUGGACCGAAAGUCAGUCAAAAACCUGGACCUUUCUGAGAUGUCCAUCAACCGGGCCACAGUCAUCCUGAACUCCAUUGGCAGCCUGAGUAAGAUGAAGGGCAGUGCCUGGACCUUUAAGCGGAGCCACAGCCAUGAGGGAACCGUUUCUGACCCGGGAACCCCGUCCUCCUCCUCCCCUGUGGGCUUCUCCUCGCUGAUUCCUCCCUCCACUCCUUCCUUCUCCUCCACCACCUCGGCACCUUUGACCAAACCCCUCCAGACGGCGUCCAGGAGCAGGAGGAAGUCUGCGCACACGGUUCUCCUGGAGGACGACAGCUCAGAUGAACCCAGAAGUCGAGGAGCUGUGACAGGAGGAGUGGCGGAGGAUGUUCAGAGAUCACGACCAAAGAAGAGGCGGAGACUCUAUAGAUCUGAGUCGGACGGUUUCAGCUCUCCUGCCCCUCCCCCAGUACAGACUAAGAACCACAGCGACAUCCGGCGUCCUCUGGAGGCCAAACCUUUCCCAGUGGGCAUCAGAACCAUCGGCAGCUUCCACGGCGCCAUGACCAACAGCCGGCUGAACCAGCAGCUGCUGCAGUCCUCCUUCACCAGCGUGGUUCCUCGCAGGCAGGGGGAGGUAGAAACCUCGCACCGGGUCAAAACCGUGGUAAACGGAAACAUGGCUGCCUUCCGCCAACAGAAAGCCGCCCAUGGUACACCGACAGCGCAGAGGGGCAGGCGGAGGGCCAACAGCUCGCCGGUCUUCUCUCCCCUGGUGGUGGGAGGGGAGAACUACAGCCUGGCGUCGCCGACCGUGAGGAUCAGAACCGACGAGAGAGGGAGGGUCCAGUACAACCGAUUCCAUCAUCAGACAGCUAAACGUCGCGGCCGGCCCAGAAAACACCCCCUCCCUCCUCGGCCCUCCCUGCCCUCUCCCUCCUCCUCCUCUUCCUCCUCCACCUCUUCGGCCUCCUCUUCCUCCGGCUCCUCCUCGUCCUCCUCCGAAGAGGACGAUGAAGACGAGGGCGCUGCGGUGAGCGCGGUGGAGCCGUGCGCCGCCCUGCGGUGCCGGCUGCCGCAGCAGGACACGGUGCAGUGGAUCCAGUGCGACGUGUGCGACGCCUGGUACCACAUAGACUGUCUGCACGUGGACCGCAAGAAGCUGCUGAUGGACCCCAACGCCGACUUCCACUGCGGCUGCCGCUGACGGAGACCCGGGGCGCCGCCAGGACUUUUUUUACCCUAAAAUAUUGAACUCCUUUAAUUAUAAAAAACAUGAAAUGAAAAGCGGCUCUUCUGCAUAAGCAGGCAGUCAUGAUUCCUUCCCCUCUAAAGCCUGAGAUGCUCUCUGAGGCUUCAGGAGAGGAAACUAAUGAAAUGUCUGCCUGGAUGUCAUUAGUAGCAGAGGGUUCACUACUACUGACCAGAUCUGCGUUCGGGAAGAUUAAUGAAAUGUUUUUAACAGAAUAAACUCCUCUGCAGAGAUGGAGGCACAUCAGAUGAUCAGACAUUCCCGGGUGGAAGCAGCGAGCCGCUGCAGCUGCUGAAAGGUCCUCUCAGGACGAUCAUCAGAUGUUUGAGAGCACUUCUGCAGGAGCAGCUGCAGGAUUUAAAGAGGAUUGGAUUUUUUAUUAAAAUGCAAAGCUGCAGCUGAAAUAAUAGAAGAUAAAAACAAAUUGGAGAUGCUCUCCUCUGGGUCUGAUGGGUCAGGUGUUAAUGUCAGAGAUUCUUCUCACCUGUUUCUACCUUUACUUCUCCUCACACUACUGAAACUUUAGCCAAAGUUGGUCUGUUUUAUCUUGAAUGUAUUCAAACUUCCUCUUAUGUCAUAAUCUUUACUCCACUUUUAUCUUCUGCUAAACUUAUCUGGGAGGAAGGUUCGUCUAGCAGGGUUUCUUACAAAAAAAAAAAAAAAAAAUAAGAGAAAAUGUUGGGAAAAAAAGCAUAAGCUUAAAAGAGAAAAAUAAAAAAAUAUAUAUUUUUAAUGUGGCUGCGGAUUGAACCGCAUCCAGUUCACCGACGUUGAUUUUAUCUGUUAAAUUUAAAAUUUUCUUUCUCAGACAAUAAGAAGCAAAAUGAAGUUUAUAUUAAUAGUUUGCAGGUUUAAAAUCAGCAGAUUUUUUUUUAUUAUUCCUAAAUAUCUGUUGAGAAUAAAUUAUUUAGUUGCCGAAAGGCUUAAAACGAAUCAGUUUAGUUUCACUAACGUAUCAGUAAAUAGGUUUUUAAUGAGUUGCAAUGAACGUUCAGACCUCUCUCCAAACAUAAGGGUGCCGUUCGUCUCCGGUCGCUCAGACGGUGCUGAAACACGUCGGUGUUUCUCUUCAUCCUCCACUGAUCUCACUUUGUUGGUUUGCAGUUGAAUGCAGCAGUCAUGUUUUGCUGCAUUUUGAUUUUUCAGACAUAUAUAAGUAUUUCUUGGUGCGCUUAGAGCUAUUAUGUAAACGCACCUUUGCCUGCAGCCGGUUUCUCUCCCUAAUGUGGUAAAUCUGACUGUUAUUGAUCCCUUUCUGUUGUUUUUUUGUUGUUUUUUUCCCCUCCAACAUGUUUAUAGUCAAAGUUUGAGAUGCUGAUAAAUUGAAGCAGCUGCAGCGUCAACCACAGGAACCACAAACGAGAAAACUGAGACUUUAAAGAUGGUUUCUUCAGAGCAAAGUUGCAGAAUGAAGCAGCAAAGGUUUGCAGGUGGAUUCCUGGUUUGGUUCAGACGUCUUUGUUAAUCCUGAGGCGCUUUAUUUUCAGAAAUGUAUCUGACUGAAGAUGUUUUUCUGAAUUUAAUGAAAUUAUUGAUGAGUUUUGACUAUAUAAAGUUUUCUGCACAGUUUAAGUUGGUUUAAUGUCUCAUGCACUUGUUUGUAUGAUCAGUAUUUAAAUUCUAGUGCAGAGAAAUAUUAAGAUCAGUGGAUCUAAAAUGUGUUCAAAUCCCAAAAAUGCCAGAAAUAAAAAGUUUUUCCAA